GGUCGCGAUUGUGCCGUUUGAUCCACAUUCCAUAGUGGCAAAGGCUUUCCCUUUUGAGAAAUUCAAAGCCCACGUGAAAAAGGAGAGGAAGCAGAAGGAGAAGGACAGUGACCAGAAGGAUCAGCGUCCAAGGCGGCUCAUGCUGGAUGCCUUCUCCAGCAGUGUGGGGUGGCGUCCUACAGGAAUUGUGCCAGCUCAGAUCAAGGCGUUUGUGGACAAGUUCGGCAGUGAAUUUCGCUUGGCCAGUUUGUCUAAGUUAGUACUUCCGAUUGACAGCACAGGCAACCCGUUUGUCACUGCAGAAGGUUUGCUGCCGGCUCCAUGCCUCUCUACCCUGAACGCCUUGAAGAUCUUGCGCGGCAAGUCCCAAGCUGAUUGGCAUCCGGCUGCGAAGGAUGAAAUAUGCUCCAUUUUGGAACAUGGGUUGCAGGUGGAGUACGUCGAGUUUGAAAGCUUCACGGCAUGGCAGCAGUACAUGGAAGGAGCUGCGGUCCAGCAGCAAUCCGCGUUGCAGCCGCAUAUCGUGGACACAGCUGUGAUGUUUCUGCAGUGGCUUGAGAGUCCAGCGAUUGCGAAGGAGGUGAUCGCUGUUUUGGGUUCAUCCGAGCAGAGCGGCCCUGACAAGCUGACGCCCCACAUGCUGCGGGCGAUCUUGGCCGAGGGGAAGAAUUUGGACGCGAAGUUUCUUUCCAUGAGCCGAGGCAAUGCAUCACAUCGGUUGAAGGAUGCGAAGUGCUUACUCCGAACCUCUUCCACAGAGUCCCUCCAGCAUCUUCUGCAGUGGCGCAAGAAGACCCCCCCGGUGAUUGCGAAUCUGUUUGCUCAGCAGUGGCUCUUGCAGAAUGAUUGGAUGACACUUUCAGGAAAGACAUGCCAGCUCGAAGGCAAGGUGUAUGAUGUGCAGACACUUGUCAUGAACCAGACUACGAAGGUGCUGAGUACUGCUGAAGUCCUUGUGAACGGCGACGUGCCGAGAAUCAAGCGCGCUCCUCUCAAUUUGUCUCUAUUCCGGGAAGUCUGUAAUGUUCAGCUGCCUGCCAUUGACUACUUUGCCCGGCUGAUGAGCAAGUUUGGCGGUGUGACCACUCGAAGUUUGACAGUGCUCAUGCGCCGGCUCCUCGUGGAUGGCGAGCCAAAGCUUCGAGAAUCGUUCUUGCAGGGCUGGAGCUUGAGCGCGAAAGCCGGCAAAGCUAGUUUGCAGUUCUCGGAGCUUCUCCCUUCGAGUGAGUGGGGCUUGAUGGAGGAAAAGUUGCAAGAUCUUUUGGAUGCGCAGACUCAAACUGCCCCCGCCACGGAAACAGAGCAGAGUCCGAAAAAGGACGAAAAGGAAGAGCAAAAAAGUGUGGAAGGGCAGAGCGCGGAAACGGUUGCCAAGUCAGCUCCUGGCAGCCAGCAGUCAACAGGCCCCACAGGGGAGACCCCAGUGACUACUUCUCAGCCCAAAGAUUCCAAGCAAGAAGCCAAAGAUGAGCAAGCAGAGCGAGUCAAAGCCGCUGUGGCAGCGGAUGUGGAGGUGCAGGUUGCAGAUUGCUUUGAGUUCUAUUCCGGCUUCCCUACCACCGAUGCAGAUAUGCCCAGCUUACCUGAGAAGAACCGUUUGUUUGUGCUUCCGCCUUCAAGCAAAAGCAGAGGGCGGCCUGACCGAAGUUUUACUUUGAAGAUUGGCGGUGCAGGUGGCAAGCCCCCCCCUUGGCUAGCUGCUGUGAAAGAGUCUGAUGCGAUCCUCAUUGGGCUUGGCCACAAUCCCAGCAAUGCGGAUGUUGUCCGGGCGCAGCUGAAGGAAAAAAACAAUGUCUUCGAUCUCUUCCGAUUCGCAUCUCCGAUCCCAGUUAUGGAGAAGCAGAACCGCAGCAAUGCAGAGGAAUAUGUUGAAUACUUCUUGGCCGGCUUUGGCCCUCAGUGGGCUGAGAAGCAGGGAAAUCUUGCCUGGGUCGGUCCUGUGCCGAGCCAUCCUGAUCGUCCAGAAAGAUUGUACCAGUGUGAGCACCAGAGGGACCCGGUGGCUGCCCUCUCGUGCAAAAAGAGAAGGUUAUCCCAUGUGAAAUCCAUCGGCCAGUCCAGCUUAAAGAAGAAACGCGUUCUUACGGAAGAGCAGAGGCUAUUGGGAGAAACAUCGGACACUGAGGAGGUUCAGCAUGAGAAUCUCCAGGAUGAGUCUUCCUCAGAUGAGGCACCUGCCACCGAGGACGAUCGCCGUCCUUGGGUGAAGAUGUGGAGGCAAGGGAUGUCUGUGGCAGCUUGGGUCCAACUCCUCCAGGGCAUGAACAGCAGCUUCUGCGUCUUAUGUCGCCCCUUCAACUGCCAGAUUGGCUUCCUACUUGCAGUUCUCCAGCUGGCCGACAAGCGGGUGGGCUUGGGCAAGGGCUUCGCUGCUGUUUGCUUCGGCCCAGGGGAACCCGGAGAAAUGCCACAUGACAAGGACAGCAAUGCUUACCGUGAGUGGCGUCAAAAGGUCAAUGCAUGGCACCAAGCUGGGCACACAUUGGACCUAUGCUUUGAGGUGUACACCCAGAAGCGCAAUGAGUAUGCUUUGCAGAUUGCACAAAGUGCGCCCAAGCAAGGUAAUUUCUCAAAGAGGUUGCGCCAGCUCUUCAAGCGCAAGAGUGAGCCCAUGGAAUUGCCGCCCAACGUGCCUCCUGUGACGAAGGACGGCCAGGCGGCGACUCACCAGCUGGACCCCAUGGCAGUGCUGACUGUUCCUGAGCUUCCGCAAAAAGCGAAUGAACCUGACAGUGAGGAGGAAGACCCAUCCAAUUUGGACAAGGAAGCCUUGUCGAAGUGGAAUGAACGAUUGAUGGCAAAGCAUCAUUUGAAGGUGAUGGCUGCUGGCAACACAGGUUCUUUGGGCCUCUUUUCGGUGAAUGAUCUUCCGAGCGGUGCCAAGCUUCGCCUGAAAGGUGCGUGGUUUGGAAGCGAAGAGGAGGUCAAGAAGCACAUCGCAGCAGUGCCAGACAUGGCUACCCGUGUUGUGAAAGUGGAUUUUCCCAAUGGGUCGCAGUGGUGUCUUCUGUCCAGCUUGUUCGGAUUGCUUCGUCCGGGCGGCCGCGCUGCUACAGCGAGCUUUACAUUCGACACUGGGCGUGCCGUCACCCACGGUUUGCAGUUGGAGCUGAAGAAGGCAGUGCCAGCUGGCCGCGAGCUGACGUUUUUUAGAGCCAAGCCAAAGCCAAAGGCCAAGGCAAAGAGCGUAAGAGCCAAGAAGUGACCGAUACGGUCCACAGUCCACAGUGUCAGACUUGCCCGUGCAAAUACGUGACUGUCAUACUUGCCCGAAAU